AAGAACGAAAUAAAGCUAUUGUUCAAGUCAGAGAGCAGAGAGACAACAUUUGAAACGGUCUCAAUCGGGAAUACUGAAGCAAAUUUUAGAAAUCAAGAUGAAGACGCUGGUGCUGCUCUUCGUGAGCGUUACAGUGGCUAUGGGAAUGCCCACAGUCCCAAAAGAUCCAGUUGCAGAAGACAAAAACCAGCCGCCAGUGGCCGGGGACUGGGUACCCGCCCUGGGGCAUGUGGUGGUGGAGCAUCCUGCACCGCGGGUUGAACCUGAUCCCAAAGAACAGCAGGAGAAAACGGCUCCAGCAGAACAGAAAGAGAAAGAGGAUCAACCUGAGACCAAACCAGAUGAAGUCCCGGUGGAGGAAGAGUUGGAACCAGAACAAGAACCAGCACCAGAAUCAUCUGGUUUGGUCUCUCAACCUGAGACCAAACCAGAUGAGGUCCCGGUGGAGGAAGAGUUGGAACCAGAACAAGAACCAGCACCAGAGGGAGAGGCAGAGCCUGUAGAGGGUCCUGACUUUCAGGUGGAGUCUGACGUUAAUGUUGAAGUCGAAGGACAACCUCAAUAUGAACUGGAGGAAGAAGAAGAAGAAAUAGACCCUGGUGUUCAGGUGCAAUCAGCUCCUAGGGUAGAUGUUGGAGCUCACAUGAAGCUGGAACCAGAAGAGACACCUGAGUCAAAAGAAUCUCCAGAGACAUUUCAGGCACAAGCGGAGCUCGAUGGAGGAAUAAGUGCAGAGAUGGAAGAUGAAGAGAGGCAACCCCUCGCUGUGAUGGAGUUAGAGCCGCUGGACGAUGCCGACAUGCCUGCAGAGGAAGUGAGCGAGAUGUCAGAAGAAGAAAUGGCUUACAGAGAGGCUUUUCAGGAACAGGAUUCUCCAGAGGAGGAGGUAGAAGAGGAGGAGGACAAGGUAGACAGAGAGGAAGAUUUGAUGCAGAAACAUGAAAAUAAUGUUCCAGAUGAGCAAGAAAUCUUGGAGCUGGAACCAGAGUUAACAGGAGAGCAAAAUCCAGAAGACACACCAGAUGCUGCGGUUCUGGUUGAGGAACCGCUGGAUCCAGCGGCGCAGCAGACGAUGCCUCUGUCAGAAAACUAUUUCCCAGAGGAAGAGGCAGGAAUGGAGAUGUAUGCAAGGGAUGGAGCACCAGAGCAAUUCCCAGAGGGGCAAGGAAUGGAAGAUGAAGGUCUUCCAAUGAUGAUGGAAGAUGAUAUACAAAUGCAAGGGGAGCGCUAUUGUCCCGGUAUGAUUGUUGAUGGGAAGUGUUACCAGUUCUUCAAAGGGCCUCUCAAUUACGAAGAUGCCGAGCUCUUUUGCCAAGAACAAUUUCCAGGAGGUCACUUGGGCUCCAUCACAACCCAACUCGUCCACCAAGAGCUGAUGAGUCUUAUGCGGCAGAGCGGAGGAUACACACGGACCUGGGUUGGAGGACGACGACUAGAUAGACGCUUCGUCUGGUUGGACGGAUCCCGCUGGAGCUAUGAAGACUGGCUCCCCGGCGAACCGAAUCACACAGCCGGGGUGGAGAACUGCGUGGAAAUUCUCGGAAAUGGAAAGUUUAAUGACUUCACAUGUUGGGAACCUCAGGCUUUCGUCUGCUCCUACCCUGCUUAGUCAAUUCAGAGGAAGAACAACAAGCUACUCUUUUUUUUUUUACCUGAAUGUUUGCUUAAUUCAGAGUUGUAUCCAUUGCUUUGUGUCUGUAUUAGGAACAAACUUUUUAGACUAAAUAAUUAGUCCACAAAGAAAAAUAGAUAAGUCAAUAUUUCAGUCAAAACCAUGUGGUUUUUGGUUGUCAACCAGGAUUAGUUUUGUAAAUUGGCAAACGAUGUUGUUUUUAGAAAAUGGGUGAAGUUCACUUGUAACAUUUUCAUGUCAGAUGCUCCAAUCAUAUUACAGCAACGUUUGAUUUUAUGGCAUCAGCUGGUUGGGGUAAAAUUCAAACCUCAUACUUGAGUUAUUUCUCAAUGUAUUUGAUUUUUAAAAAAACAUAAACUUUUUGAUAAAGAAAAACUUUUUAGCAGUGAUUAUAUUGUUGUGAAUACCAGCAUGAGGUAGCAUGUAAUUACACUGUUACUGCAUGUUUAUAAGUACACGUCUAGACCACUGUAUGUUCAAGGUUUAAAUACGCUUAAAAAAAUCUAAUAUUUGCUGUCAGAAUAACAUAAGAUUCAAGAAUAAACUAUUAACAAGG